AUGGGAUACAAACCCUUCCAAUCGACCUACUAUGACGAACGCAUGCGGGCCUCGCCGGCGCUGCUGCGAGCUCGUGCACCGUACCUGGUGAAGAACACCAUCACCGGGUUUGCUAUCUGCAGUCUGGUGAUUGGCAUCUACACUUACACCAUCAACGCCAUCUCUCAAGACGAGUUCGAAGAUGUCAUCGUACCCGAAGAGCCAAUGAGGCGACCGCAACAACUGUCUGGAGGAAAUGUGCCGGGCGCAACAACACAAGCCAUUGUCGAUGCACGAAAGUGA